GUGUCGCAAUGGAACUAAUAUCUCAUUUGAUUUGGCUUGUAAUGGCAAAAAGGACUGCGCCGAAGGCGAGGACGAAUACCCUUGUAAAGGUUGUAAUGAUAAUGAAUACAAAUGCCCCUUUAAGUUUUGCAAAGCACCUCCCAUAAGGUGUAAUGGAGAAGCAGAGUGUUUAGAUCGACAGGAUGAAUUAAACUGCUCAACCUGUGUCGGUGACGCAUUCCAUUGUCGUAUCGAGGGUACUCAAUGUGUAUCACAAGAUCGUGUAUGUGACAGCAAAAAACAUUGUUCUAACAACGAGGAUGAACAGAACUGUACAAGUUGUAAGCCUUUCGCUUUUAAUUGCCGCCAAGAUAGAAAAUGUAUUGGGCUAUACAAGAAAUGUGACGGCAUUGAGAAUUGUAAGGAUGGAUCCGACGAACGGAAUUGUUCUGAAGAAAGUUACAUGUGUAUCAAUGGCACUAAUAUCUCAUAUGAUUUGGUUUGUAAUGGCAAAUGGGACUGCGCCAGAGGCGAGGACGAAUACUUUUGUAAAGGUUGUAAUGAUAAUGAAUACAAAUGCCCCUUAAAGUUUUGCAAUGCACCUCCCAUAAGGUGUAAUGGAAAUGUUGAGUGUUUAGAUCUACUGGAUGAAUCCAACUGCUCUAAAUGUCAUAAAGACGCAUUCGACUGCAGAAAUGGAAACUGUAUAGCGAGUUACAAAAGAUGCGACGGAAGGCCUCAAUGUACAGACGAAUCUGACGAAAAGAAUUGUAAAAAGUGUGAUAAUGGUGCCUUCCAUUGUGAUGGCAAUAAAUGCAUCGAAAAACUUUUGACGUGCAAUGGCAGGGAAGAUUGUGAUGAUGGGUCCGACGAAAAAAACUGUUCAAGCUGUAAUGAUGCUUUCAACUGCGGUAGAGGUGGUAAAUGCAUAAAAAAUGAAUUGGUAUGUAAUGGCUUGAAUGAUUGCGACGGAGGAUCCGAUGAAAAAAACUGCAGUAGUUGUAGUAGUCACAAUAAUGCCUUUUAUUGUGGUAACAAUUAUUGCCUCGACGGUAAGUUGAGAUGUAACGGCGUGGACAAUUGCUAUAAAGGCCGUGAUGAGGUGAAUUGCUCCUUCUGUAAUGGCGAUGCUUUCCUUCUGUGGUGACGGUCAAUGCAUAAAAAAGCAUUUAAGAUGUGACAAAGUAGAUCACUGCCCGUAACAAAGAAGAUGAAAAAUAUUGUGCCCCUUGUAAAUCUCGUCAUUUCCACUGUGGUGACAAGCAAUGCGUCAAAAUAGAAUUAAAAUGUAACGGCAAAAACGACUGCCGUAACGGCAAUGAUGAAAAAAAUUGUGGUCGUUGUUCAAACAGAGGUUUCGAAUGCACUAACGGUCCAUGCCUCAGAGCUAAUCAGAGAUGUGACGGCGUCCCAGACUGCGAAACCGCAGAAGAUGAAAUGUAUUGUCGAAGAUGCAACCGUGGCGCUUUCCACUGUGGGAGAAUACCUCUUUGUGUUCCUAAGAAAAAAAAAUGUGACAACUACAAUGACUGUGGAAACCGUCUCGAUGAAGUCGAUUGUCCGUCGAAAAAAUGCAAGGGGAUUGGAUUUUGCUACCUACCCGCCUGGAUCGUACAGGGAUCACUCGAGUCGGAUUAGCCACACUACGUUGUCUCGCGUGACUACAGAGGCACAUCUUCACAAUAUAUGUGUAUUAAUGUUUAUCACAUAUUCACAUUCUAUGUGUAUUAAUGUAUAUCGUAUCUUCACAUUCUAUGUGUAUUAAUGUAAAUCACAUCUUCACAUUCUAUGUGUUAAUGUAUAUCAGAUCUUCACAUUCUAUGUGGAUUAAUGUAUAUCACAUCUUCACAUUCUAUGUAUUAAUGUAUAUCACAUCUUCACAUUCUAUGUGUAUGUCAAAAGGGAAAAAAAGUAAUCUACCAGUAGACUGAGAUCAGUCUCUACGAUGCGCGAACAGUUUUUAUUUAAAAUUAUCCUUUUACUGAAGCCAAUUAACAAACGUUAUACUUUAAUCCUAUUUCCAUUUGUUCAUAGCAUGUAAUUCGUUUUCUUUAUGGGGAUUUUUGGUUUAUUUAAGUUAGUUUGUCUAUUAUUUUUUUUUUGCUCGCUUGUGGUACAAUUUCUCCCCUGUGCAUGUAACAAAUACCUUUUAAUAAUUGUUUUGUUUUAAUUAUUGAGUCCUACUUUUUAAUAAUUACACAUUAAAACCAUGCUUUCUGUUUUCAAUUGACAAUAAAGUUGGCGUCAACAU